AUAAAUUAUUUGUCUUUUUAAAGUGCGCUGACGCUGGCCUGUCAAAAUUCUAGCAAAAAUUACAGAAAGUCAAAUAGCACAAAAACGGGAAACUAUGUUCAUGAAUUUAUUCAAUUUCGUAAAAGAUUUGUAAUUCUUAAUCUGGUCCCGAGUUUUUGUUGUCCACAUGGAAUAUUUAUGAGUUAUUGGUGCUACCGUAAGCUGUUUGCGGGCUUUUCCAAAAAUAAUGUCCAAUGGUGAUGAUGUACUAGACAACUGGGAAGAAAUCGACGAGGCUGGGCUCGACAGCAAAUUAAACCAAAUCAACAAAAUUCGAAAAGAACCUAGCAAUCAGAAUCAAGAGCAGCAACAAAAUAUGAGCGAUUUGGCAAUGUCUUUCCAUAAUAGUAUUCCAAUGAUGAUGGUUAUGCAACAGACAGAGAAUGAAUACAAAUCAUCCAACUAUACGACCGAAGUUAUGCCGACGGUUAAAAUUCUUAGAAGACCCGUGCAAAACAAUUCUGUUGCAAACAGAAGCAAUGGCGUACGACCAAAACAACCAAUUAAAACUCUUCAACAGCGUGAACAGGAAUAUGCAGAAGCAAGACUGAGGAUAUUAGGUUCUGCUAAAAACCCAGAAGAUGAUGUGGAAACAUCUUCCCAGAGCACCGCAGCCGCAACCGUUGAACUGUUGGACACAACCAUAUCGCUACCAAAUUCAGGCCAUACUUCUAAUAUCUCCACCAGUUUCACAAAACAAGCCGAUAGUGGUAGUGGAAGAGUCGCCGAAUCCAACUACUUUGCCCCGUCCUCUUCGAUGAUGGUCGGUGGCAUCAACAUGCGGUAUAAUGAAAACGUUUUGCGCAUGCCUAAAGGUCCAGAUGGGACGAGUGGAUUCCAAAUGCCACGGUAGUGCCUUCAACAUCAAAGUGCGAGCUUAAUUUCUGUUUUUAAUUCUUUAUAUUAUAUUAGUUAUAUUAUAUUUUAAUUUAGAUAUGUUCUUAUACAAAAAAAAAACUUUACGCAUUAAAACGUUCAAAAACAGAAUACUCGAUUUUCUGUAAUCUUAAAAUUUGAUUUUGCUUUAUAAUAAUUAUUUAAUUAGAAAUACUAAUGCAAGUAUAAAUAAAAGGCAAACAUUGUCUGGAUGAAAGAAAAAAAAAACAGAAUAACUUUUUUGUUUUUAAAAAUUUAAUUCAUAUUUAUUUUUUUAAAUAAAUCUAAAUGUAACUUGUAAAAAUUAUAAAGUGCUAUUGGCACAUUCCCAAUAUAAAAGAUUCUUUGUAGUAGUAAUUCUUUUUCUCGAUGGAGUUAGCUUAAAGUUGAUACAUUUUGGUGGCUCUAUUCUAUUUCUUUAUUUGAUUGAACGUUUGACUUAACGUCACUUAGUUUUUUUUUUUUAAUUAAAGAAGCAAACAAUUUUUGUGUAUCGUAUUCAAUUUGAUUGUAAAGCAAUCGUUUCCUUUUGAUAGAAGAUUUCCGUCUUGGAAAUUAUCUUAACUGUGAUAAUUUCACUAGUUUUUGAUAUAUGAAUUGAAGCAUGGAAACAUUCCCUCGUGGAUUCAUUUUGACGUCUUAGAAGUUUUAUGGGUAUCGGGAAGGAGUCCCACUUCUCUUUACAUCUCAAAUUCGCAUGAAAUACACAAGUGAAAUAUGACUAUCUGUUCCCCAACAACACAUUUUUCUCCUAUAUUUUCUAAAUAAUUUAUCGUUUAAAUCAGUUCUUCAACCAUGCAUAAUGUAAAAGAAAAAAUAAUCUAAUAUAUUAUUUAAUGAGGGUUAUUACUAACACAAAUUUUCAUUAGACUUUUUUGCUUCCUCGAAUUUCUUCUGAAUGUAGUUACAUGGUAAGAAAAUCCAGAAAAAGGUUCAGAGAUUUUCAAUAGCAAUAAAUGUUACCUAAGAGCUUUUGGUUUCUUUUUUAAUUAGUUAAAGAAAUAAUUUUAAUAUGGGUUUUUAUUUUAAAAUUAUUAGUUUAUUUCAUGUAAGAUUCUUAAAAAUGAGUCCUCAAUUCUACUGCUUUAAUUGGUAAAUAUUCUUUUCUCUGGAAAAGCAAAUUUACCUAUUUUAAAAGCACUUUCUGCUAUCACUUUAGCUUAAAGAUUUUACGAGAAUAAGACGUUACAUGAUCCAAAGCCAAAAUGUAACAACACAAUUUGUAAGCUAUGCUUUUCGUACAGUUUCAAGAAUUGUUAAUAUUUCUCGAAAAAAAAGAACGAACUACAAACAAGGCGCUUAAAUGACAACCUUAUAUUUCUCCCGCAUCCCCAAACAAACCCAUUGAAUUUGUAACUUUUAUCUUUUGUAUGCUUUUUAAAUUAAUUUUAUACACUAAGUUAUUUUCGGAACUGGAUCUUUAUUAAAGUGAUAUAAAUAUGUAUGUAUAACAAACAA